GGCAUCGUUUUCAUCAAAGUAAACAAAAAUCAGGUUUUUUAUGCUUACGACUUAAUGUUUUAUAUGCAGACCAGUGCUAGUAUUCGGUUAUCAUGAGUCAUUCUUCAAAAUAGACAUUGAAAGCUUUCAGGCCUGUACCUAUGAAAGACUUCAAGAAAAAGAAGCAUCUCAAAUCGAUUUUAAACGAAUGCUUCGAGAUCAGUGAAACGCCAACAAACACAGUGAUUCUCAAAAACGCUGGACUUGUCAAUGGGUUCACUUGUACAGAUAUCUAUUCGCUGGUAAAUAAUCAUAACCAGGUUAAAUUAAGCGAAAAGGAUGUUUAUCCAAAUGUUUAUAAUAAUGAACUCGUUAAAUCGGAUGAUAAAAUAAAAGCUCCGAAAGAGAUUUUCAUGUUCGAAACGAAAUCAUAUAGCGUCGUUUUAUUCGAAUCGGAAAACGACAGUACGAGUUUUGUUGAAUGUUUCGACGGAUUUGUGGCUCCUGAUGAUGUCGACAGGAGUAGUAACAAUAGUCGGGAAGCGAGAAGAGUUUUGUAUUGUUUCUAUGUGGAGAAUCUGGAUGAGUGGUUGUCAAAGAGAGCAAAUUUUAACGCAGAAUGUCUCUCCGAUGGCUCUUCUCUCCCACCCGGAAUGGAAGUGAUUCAUGACGUCAUUAGUGAAGAGAGUGAACAGCUGCUGAUCAAAUUGGCCAUGAACAGAUUGGAGAGCGAAAAUAACAGUGAAAGUAAAGCAAGUGACAUUCUGAAACAUAGAAGAGUGGUUCAUUUUGGCUACAAUUUCAACUACGACACAAAUGGAGUGGACGAACACUCGGAUGGAUCCCAAAUUCCCCCUCCGAUUCCCCAGGCGUGCUUUGACUGGUUUUUGAAUGGAAUGGUUGGAGAAGGCAGAAUUCCAGAGUUGCCAGAUCAACUCACAGUCAAUGUUUAUGCUCCUGGCCAUGGGAUCCCAAGUCACGUUGACACUCACAGUGUGUUCACGGAGUCUCUUCUAUCUCUGUCAUUGGGAUCACCAUGUGUCAUGGAGAUGAAAUUAAACUCAGCUGAUCAGCUGUUAAGUGAUGACCAAUCUGCUAUCGGAUGUUCCUCUUCUAAGGUGAGAAAAACACCAGUACUGCUGCCCAGAAGAAGUUUAACUAUAUUUGAGAAAGAAUCGAGGUAUCUUUGGAAACAUGGAAUAGUUCCGAGAAAAUUCGAUUCCUAUUUGGACCAGAAGACUGGAAAACGGGAGACGUUUGAAAGAGGCACUCGUGUGUCAUAUACGUUUAGAAAACUGAGAAAGCCAGCUGUUUGUGAUUGUGAUUUCCCAAUGCUAUGUGACACACAGCAGAAAGCGGAGAAAGAUCGGAAUGAAAAAUCUCGACCGGAACAAGAUGAAAAAAUGUUAUUACCCAAGUCAAGCCAAGAUGCUGAAAAACUGGAGGCUAAAUUUGUCCAAGGAGUUUACGAUGAAAUAGCCAGUCAGUUCAGUGGCACCAGACACUCCAUGUGGCCGAGAGUGAGACAGUUUCUGGACAAUGUCCCUUCUGGAUCAGUACUGGCUGAUGUGGGGUGUGGAAAUGGAAAGUAUCUUCAUCAGCACCAAGAGGUUUUUAAGGUUGAUAUAAUUAUAUAG